GAUCCAGACUGCCCGCCGUGGCUUUGGGCCUAAGUCUGUACAAAAUCGAUGACAAGGUGCGAAGUGAUGAUUCCACCCAAAGCGUGGCACAGGACGAGGAGGCUUUGUGGCAGGCCCAGACGACAACAUGUUGGACCGCAGGUGACAGUCGGUUUAGUGAUGGUGCAACAAGGCCUGCAAGCAGAGCAAGUGCUGUCCCUGAGAUUGCCAAGGAAGGUCCUAGCGUCCGAGUUUCAUUGAGGAAGCAAAAGCGACAGUCCCUGAAGCCACGCCACGACUUUCGAGCACGUCAGCUGCCAGAAGCUCCCAGGCUGGAAGGCGACGUCUCGCUGCUUCAGACUGCCCUUUCCCAGCCACCUCAGCCGCUUCAGCCGGCCCAGCAGCCUCAGCGAGGCAGCCCAGAUGAAGGUCAGAAGUCACAAGGACCUGAACCCGAUCCGAAGGAGAAAGUUGGUAACAAGUACCGCACGAGGUUCUCGACGAGGAGGCGGUCCUCGACGUCCGGAGGCAAAGCCCUCGCAGCGCGGACUACGCCGGUCGGAGGCUGGUACAGCCCCAUACCGGUUGUUACGCGACGCGUGAGUGUGCUGUAUGAGGCAGCGUCGAAGGCGGACGCAGAGAACGCUGCCAAGGGCCUGUCCGCUGAUGCAAACUCUGCACGGAAGGAGCCACAUGCUGGCCAUGUGCAUGGCCAUGCGCAUGGCCACGCGCACGGCCACGUGCACGGCCACGCGCACGGCCACGCUGGCCAGCGUCAUCCGGGGCAGCAGGGUAGCAAGGGCCCGGCCAACGAAUUGCAGACACUGGGCCUUACGAUGCACGUCAAAGAGGCUCCCCAGUAUGAAGACGAGAAGCCUCCAGAUCGGGUGUCCGGCCUUGCGAAACAGUUGAGGAUCCCGCUUGACAUCCUGAAACAAGCAUACGAGGUCUUCGACGACAUCUGCAUGACGCCCGAUCAUCCGAUGUCACAGAAAGGCAAGAGGACCAACAAACGAGGAGAGGUAGUUGAGGAGGACUUUGAUGUCUUUCAGGACGGAGAGCUGAAUAUUGAUGGCUUCGCCAGAGUGCUUUGCAAGUUGAUAGGCUGUAACAGCACAUCCGAGCUUCCAGACGGGUUGGUGCAGAGGAAUUUCCGAGAUGCUGAUGGCAACAGCACGAAAUCAGUCAGCUUCCUGGAGUUCGCCUUCUGGUAUUCCAGGCAUGGGUUCAUGGAGAACAUGCUCCUGACCACGGCACAGCUCGAAGUUCGCGAGCUGGCCAGAAAGUACAACAUGCCUGUCAUCGAGGUUGAGCAAUACAAGAAGAAGUUCGACUUCUUCGACGAGGACAGGAGCGGCUAUAUCGAGUAUUCGGAGUUCGAGAACCUGUUGAAUCAGCUCGUCAAGGUGCCUGCGAGUUGCGAGUUCCCUCCUGGUCGGGUCAAGCAGCUGAUGCCUGAGUUGAGAG